UGCUACAUUGAUAAAGCUCACAAAAUUAAAGACAAACAUCAUCAAUGACAACAAGUAGCUAGAGAAAUGUCACUGAAACGAGUUUGUGAGAUGCAGUAUAAGAUUCCCGUCCCGCAAGAACGAUUGUGGGACCGUUUUGUCCACAAUUCGACUUGCUUGGCUUAUAGAAAACUUACAGACAUUAAGCCAUCUGCUCACUGGACUCUAAUGGCAAUUGAGUCAGUGGAUCACCAGACGAAAACCAUGAAGCAACGGUUCCUCAACCCUGAAUUCGUUGAAGGUUAUAAGUUGAUUGCAGCAACUACAAAAGUUACUGGCGACGAGCCCAGUGGCUUGAAUUGCCUCAUAGACAUCACUGCGGAGUACGAAAAGAGUGACCGUGAGAUCAAAGACCUUGAAGAAGUCCAAUUCCUUGUGGGGAAUAUUGAGAGAACGGCUUUUCUUUGCCGUGCCCGUCUUGGUGACCAUAUUCCCAUGCCAGUGCGUCUUAAAUAAUGGCACCGGCCCGUUAAAUCAAUCCAUGCCAUAAUCGAAGGAGGAUUCAUCUCUUUAUUCCUAAAGUUAUAGAAGAUGAAAUAAAUAAAUUGAACCCGCCCCCAAAAUAUAUAUGUGUGAGUAUUGUAACCUCUAGGGUCAUGUCCCAUGACUUGCUUUAUCUCUAAAUAAAGUUGUUACGUAUUAUAUGCAUGAGUGUUUCAAACUAUAACUAAAUUCACAAUUGUCUACUGCUAAAUAUGAUAACUGAACUCAGAACCUCUUCAUUUCCUAAGGCGAGAAGUUGCAAUUUUGCAAACAAAGACAUGAGUUUUAUUACCGUCAUCAUCAUCAUCAUAAAGACUGUUUUGACAAUUCACAGGUGGGCUUUUACCUGUAUAAUUCACACUAUCACAAUAACCUUUGCUUCGACCCUUAAUUCAAUAUCUACAAGACAAUGAGA